AUGCUGCAUGUUUGGCAAGCCUCUGGGAGAGAGCUAGCAGCCGUGGGCUUGGAUGAGCUCUAUGAUGUGCGGGCGUUGAAGAUCCGCUUGCAGAGGCUCUGCGGCAUACCACGCUUCAGGCAGAUGCUCCUCUGCGACGGGAAAAGCUUGGAGGACGACCUCCGACUAGAUGCGCCUGGUGACCUGCAGCUGGUCCUUCUGUCCUUUCCCUCUGAAGUCGUGUUUGCCAGUGCACAAGAGCUCAUCGCCGCUGCGGAAAGCAACCUGGUGUCCACGGUCGAAGUCGUUCUCCGGCGACCUCAGGAUCCCAAUUGGAUGAACCACACCGGGCAGACGGCCCUAGUCGUGGCUUCAGACUUAGGGCACACCGACGUUGCCGGCUUGCUGUUGGAGGCCGGCGCAGAUCCCGACCUCCGCGGCUCUGCCGAGGGUGAUGGAGAGCAGCUGACGCCCCUCUGCGCAGCAUCCACAGAGGGCCACAUGGGCAUCGUGCGCUUGCUUCUGGAUGCUGGUGCAGACCAUCGGGCCUUAAGUGGCUCACGCAAGAGGGCGGCACUUUACGAGGCGUGUUGGCAUGGGCACAUGGAGAUUGUCCGCCUUUUGCUUGGGGCGGGUGCUGAUGUGAACCAGGAGGAUGCCUGUUGCCACACGGCCCUUCGGGCAGCAGCCAUUCGGGGGCACGCGCGAGUCGUCCGCCUUUUGCUCGAUGCCAGGGCCAGCGCCGACAGUGGCGGUUUCGGCGACUCUCCCCUCGAACACGCGGCAAACGAAGGUCACAUGGAGGUGGUCCGUCUGCUCUUGCAGGCCCACGAGGACAAGCUCGGAACCCGCCACUUGGACGUGGUUCGAUCGCUGCUGAAAUCCGCCCGGCGGCACCAUCCAGACAUUGCCCGCCUCCUGGUGGGCGCCCUUGAUUCCGUAUCUCUGGCCCCUCAAGUCGGCAUAGGCCUGCCCGCCCUCGCGCACACGAAGAAUCACACCCGGCUGCAGGUCAUGGGCGCCGUGAUCCUUGCCAUCAUGAUCCCCUGUGACAAGGACUUGACGACCACGCUUGCAUCCAACAUGGCGGCUCCAGGUUUCUCAAACAGCCAAGUUGUCUUCGGCGAAGCCAUGGGCACUUUCAUGCUCUGCUUCACGGUCUGGGAAACAGCUGUGAACCCCAUCGCGUCCUGCGGUAAGAAUGCCUGCAUUGCGAUUGGCGCGGCAGUGUGCAUUUCGGUGUGCUUGCUGCUGCCGGUGGACGGCUGCUCUAUCAACCCAACCCGUUCGCUUGGCCCUGCAGUGGUCUCCGCCUUUCGAGGCUGCGAGAACUACACCAGCGGAGCCAUGGACGCUUUGUGGAUGAUGUUCCUGGGACCGUUGCUCGGAGGGGCGGCAGCCGCUUUCGUGCGCUACCCGCUGAGCCCCACACAGAAGAUCUUCCGUUGCGGGCAUGUGGAUGGCGCUGCGACGGCCUCUUGA